GUAAAAGGAGGCUUUUUCUCUCUCUUUCAUUUAUCUCUCUCUCAUCAUUUUUGAGCUAAACUGAGAUCGCACUAAUUUGAUCCAAUAUAUAUUAGAAAUUGAGAUACUUUGAGCUUUUCAUAUACUGUUUUUUUUUUUUUCAUAUACUGAUUUUUUUUUUUGGUGAAUUUGUUUUAUUGUUUAAAAAGGUCAACUUUGUUGGUAAAAGAUUGUUAUUUUUUCUACUUUUUUUGAUUGGUUGAGCAGAAUUUUUUGGGGGUUUUCUGGGUUUUUGCUAGGUUGUAAUUGGGUGAAGGAAUUUUUAUUUUUUAAUUUUAUGUUGGAGUUGAAUUUAGGGAUUUGGGGGUUUGAGAAUAUUCUUGAAAUUCCAUUUUUAUACGAUUUUGAUUUGGUUCUGGAGCAAGUUUCUGUUUUAUUAUUUAUGGGUUUUUGUUGUUUCAUGUUGUAAUUUGGUGAAUAUUUUAUUUUUUGUAGUUGAAGUAAGGGGCUUUGAGAGUUUUGAAAGUGUUCUUGAAAUUCCAUAUUUUCUAGGAUUUUGAUUUGGUUCUGAAGCAAAUUUUUCUGGGGUUUUGUUGUACCAUGUUGUAAUUUGGUGUGGUUGAAGUAAAGGGGAUUGAGGGUUUGAAAAUUCUUGAAAUUCCAGCUUUUGUUGAAUGAUUUCUGUAGGGAGUGGGAUGGAAGAAAGGGGUUAAUUUAAGAAUUUGGUGUUAGAACAGAGAUGAAUAAGAAUAAAUUUGAAGAAGGAGAGACUUGUGAUGAUUCAACUGUUGACCCUGAUAUUGCACUCUCAUAUAUUGAUGAGAAACUCCAAGAUGUUUUGGGACAUUUUCAAAAGGAUUUUGAGGAUGGAGUUUCAUCUGAGAACUUGGGGUCAAAAUUUGGUGGAUACGGUUCAUUUUUACCUACAUACCAGCGAUCACCUUCUUGGACUUGUACAAAGACUCCACUAGAUGCCUACAACAAUAACAUAUCAAUAUCACCGAGCAAUUUGCGCCCAGAGGGUGGUUGUCGACCCUCAUCAGCCUCCUCAUCUGCUUCUCUAUCAGGAAGGCCCCUAGCAUCUUCUGCCUAUUCGUCAACAAUAGUACCUGCACUGAAGGCUCCAGCAGCUAAUGGGAAAACAAAUUCAGCUCUGCAACCUACGCAAGAUGAAGACUCCACUUCAAGAAGUGAACUAGUCAAGAAGCCAACAAAUCUCUCAGGCAAGAAAGCUCCCAAGUUGCAUGCGAGAGUUGGUGUUAAAAAAUUGUCAACCCAAAAGAAAGCUGAAAUCUACAGCGGCCUUGGCCUUGAUGUAUCUCCAUCAUCAUCGCUGGAUGAUAGCCCGAUAAGCAGUGAAGGCAUAUCCCAUGACCUUAAGGAUUCCCGAUAUGAAUCUCCGACAAGUAUACUUCAGAUUAUGACCUCAUAUCCAAUGCAUGAUGGACUAUUGUUAUCUCCGCUUUCGGAUGAUCUGCUUUGCUUGACUGAAAAAGGAAAGCUACGGGGGGAAUGUGAAUCUGAAUGUAUGAUCCAGGAAAGCCUAGAAACUUCUGUUGCCUUAGUAAAUGGAGCUCAUUAUGCAAAUAGGAAAUCUUCGGAAGCUAGGAAAUGGAAAUCUUACAAUAAAGAUGUUUUAGGAACUGGCUAUGGCAAUGACAAUCAAAAUGGUAGCGCAGUGCAAUCAAAGGAGGUUGAUGUAAAUGUUAUCACCUGUGAAGAACUUGUUUCUGAGGCAUUAAAGCUCCCUCUAUUAUCUAAUCCAAAUCAUAAUGUUGCUGAUCCUCUAAAAGAUGCUGGCAGAAUAAGUGACAGUCCAAGAACAGCCGUUAGGGAUAGGGCAACGGAAUGCUCAUCCUAUAAAGCUGGUUCACAGGAAAGUCGUUCACCAGAAAUGCUGAAGGUUUCUGAUGCUGUCGGUAAUAAAAGUUUGGUUGAACAUAACUGCUUGAUAAAGGAAAGAGUUAAUGUUGGAAAAACUGAGAAGCCAUGUUCAUCCGGGGAGUAUCCGAUAUUGGCUUCAAAUGAACCAACUUCCCUUGAUGCUUUGCAUGCCAGCCAAGACAACUGGGAUCAUAGUGUACUAGGUAUCGAUUCCAGUGGGAAGAAAAGAUAUGGAUCAAAAGGUUCGUCAAGUGGAACCAAAUUAGACGGCUCACAAUCUUCCAACUACGUUAUGAUGAACCAUCAGGAGAACCCGAAUUGUAGAACCUCAAGUGGUACUUCUCGUUCAGUGGAUAAAAAUUGCAACCAACACUCCGGUGUUCCAAAUAGCUUAGUUGUAGAGAAGAGGAGACAUAAAAACAAAGAGAAGAAUAUUUCUCAUGACAACCACUCUGAUGGAGGUACGAAGGAUGCAAAUACGAGGAACAUAAGUGAGGUGGAAUCAGAUGUAUCUUCCAAAAAAAUUAUGCGAGAAGAUGCACAUGAUGACGAGAACCAGACCUUCUGCCCUGUUGUUGAAAAGCCUGGAUGGAGGUCAAGCAGUAACGUGCCAGGGAUGAUUCGAGAUAAAUGUAAGAACAGGGACUCAGAGGAUGAUUCAAAGAAAGACUUGGUUUCAGCAAAGAACCCAGAAGCCCAUAUUUCAGAGGUGUCAACGCAUAAGGGGAAGUGUGACAAUAAUGAUUCUCUGAUUAAGAGAAAAGGGAGAGAACUUCGAGAUUCCUUGAGAUGUAAUCCCCAAGAUUCUAUGGAAAAAAUAUGUGAUGACAUCUCCAGGAAGGAAAAGGUAGCAAGGGUCUCCUUGUCUGACCGGAAGGACACUAGUGCAAGCAAAGGUAGUGUUGGAACAGGUCAAGUUAAAAAGGAACAGCAGGCUGGGCAAGAUCUGGAUAGUACUCUAUCUUUGCAGAGUGUUAAAGUUGCAGAUUCUUCACAAAAGGAUCUAUGCAAUUCACGACCUUCUGUUGCUCCCUCUUCAGCCUUUCCCACUUCUAGUCCCAAGAGGUCUUCUGAUGGUGAAAAUGAUGGGUUCUCCAAUGAAUCCAGUAUGGCUAAGAAGGAUAAUGCCUGCAAUGGCAAGAGUUAUGAUCUAUUAUCUGAAGCUGAUUUAGAGGAGAAAGAUGUCCAUCGUGAAUCAGGUACAAAAGUCAAAGCAAAGACCACGGUUUCUGGUUAUGCAACUCAACAGGAUACCGAUGUAAGUGCAGAUCCGUUACGUCAAGCUAGUCAAUAUGCUUGCAAGACUGGAAACUCAGAUCAAGGCUCUGAUAAGGAGAGAAAAAAUGACCAUCAGUUUCAGAAUAGUGGGUCUGUGUCAAAUAGGAAAAGAGGUUCCUCGUCACGGCGUAAAGAGAAGAAUCGGGCUCCAAAAUCUGAUUCUGACCAACGUAAGACCAAAGAUACUGAUAUCUUAAAUUUAUCUUCAGAUCAAAUGCCAUUUGAUGAAGAGAAGACGGCUCCAGGAAAAAAUAAGUCUCAGGAGAAAUCUGUUGUUGGUUCAGAUAGAUUAAAAAAGAGUUCUAAGAAGGAUCCUUCUGGAAAAUUAUUGGAAAAAAAUGUUAAAGGAGAUAAUGAAUCAAGAUUUGUUCAUCGUGAUAAUGCAGAAGUUCGAUCGGAUGAUGUGGCCCGCCUGGAUAAAAGGCAGGCUACACUACCUGAUCGAGCUGAUCAGAGAUCAUCUAAGGUCGUUUCCAACAAAAGUGAGCAGAUUAACGUCUCUUCCAAGUCUCCUUCAACAAGAGAUCAGAAUGAGACAGCUGUAUUUAAAGAGCCAGUUCCUGGAUCUGAAAGGGAAAAUGGCAAUGCUUUUGAAAGGGAAAGGUCAAAUGCUUCAAGACAGGGUAAAAAAGCUAAAAGCCACCAUGGAAAUCUACCUAAUAAUACUGCUAAUAAGGUCAGGGAUCAAGAUGUUCCUAGUCCUGUUCGGAAGGAUUCAUCAAGUCAAGCUGCUACAAAUGCCAUAAAAGAAGCCACAAACCUUAAACACCUGGCAGAUCGUCUCAAGAAUUCUGGAUCAAGCGAAAGUACGGGUAUCUAUUUCCAAGCGGCAUUAAAGUUUCUCCAUGGCGCCUCCUUACUAGAAUUAGACAGCUCCAAGCAUGGUGAACAGAACCAGUCAAGGAGCAUCUAUAGCAGCACUGCAAAACUCUGCCAGUUUUGUGGUCAUGAAUAUGAGAAAUUGAGAGACAUGGCAGCUGCCGCACUUGCCUAUAAAUGCAUGGAGGUUGCAUACAUGCGAGUAAUUUAUUCUUCACAGUCCGAUGCAAACAGAUACAGAAAUGAGUUACAAACAGCUCUACAAAUUUUUCCUCCAGGUGAGUCUCCUUUCUCUUCUAUCUCUGAUGUUGACAAUUUGAACAAUCCAACAAUAGUAGACAUGGCUGCAUCGGCAAAAGUUGUUGGUUCUCCUCAAGUAGCGGGAACUCAUGUUAUCUCAGCAGGAAAUGGUUCUAGCUUCACGCAGCUAAUCAACUUGGCACAGGCUGUUAAUUUUGCUAUGGAGGCCUCCAGGAAAUCACGUGUUGCUUUUGCAGCUGUUUAUCCAGGGCCGGGAGAUUCACAAUGUAAAGAAGGGGCAUUAUCUGUUAAGAAGGCCCUUGAUUUCAACUUCCAGGAUGUGGAUGGAUUAUUGCGUCUUGUGCGGGUCGCCAUGGAAGCUAUCAGCCAUUAGAGUGCAAGCUGUUGUUGAAAUUGUCCACUUUUUGGAACAUAGUUUUGUACCCACUCUCCAUUACUGUCAGUUGAGCAAGUAAAAAAGAGGAUCUCUUGGUUGGAGUUGCGGAUGGAUUUUGCUAUAUCAUCUCCCAAAGUUUAUCUUAUCAAUGCUCCUGUACACCUCCACAGUAAUACCUGAAUUUUACUGUUUGUAAGAUAUUUUAGCAGAGGGGAGUCUUGGAAUAACGGUAAAGUUGUCUCUAUGUGACAUGAACUGGGUUCAAGCCUAGGAAUCAACCACUGAUAAGCAUCAGGGCAGGCUGCCUACAACACACCCCUUGCAGAGUGGUCCUUCUCCGGACCCUGUGUGAACAUGGGAUGCUUCAUACACUGGGCUGUCAGAAAUUCACAUCAUUCAGUUGCCCGUUACUUGUCCUGCUGACUUGGUACAUAAGAAACUGAGAUAACUUGUUGGUUUUGACACAGAAGGAAAGAUGUUGGGAGUUUUACUUCAAGGAAAGUGCAGAAGUAUAAUGUAACCAAUAAAUAUGCUUCACAUGGAUUGUUGAUUAGAGGACGAGGAGUUACUAUACCUUCUCCCUCUCUACUUUUUGCAGAUAGCUUACUUGGCUACUUGCAGUUUCACCUCUUCAUUUGAAAGGAAAUGUGUACAAAUUGUUAGAUCUUCUAAUGGAGUUUACAAUGAAAGAAGGGAUCGAGGUUGAAAUCAAUCUUUAAAAGAACAAGUUGGACUUUAAGCAACUUUAUUGAUAACCAUGAUCAUUUUCAUGUUCUAUGAAAUUACAUUAUUCCUAUA